UUCAAACAAUUUCUUACAUUUCAUAAAGUUCAGGCUCUCGUAGACGAAAUGCGUGCCAGAGAUGUCGACAAAGCCAAUGCAGACGAUUACACACUUUCUUGGGGCAAGGAAGAAACCGAUGAACCUGAUGAUGCUAUAGAAUCAAUUUUUUCACCAAAAAACUUGAUUAAGGUGUGCUCAGAUGAACCCGAAAUGACGGGAUUCCGUAAAGCACAACUUCAACAAGUAUUCAAUACCUGGACGAACACAUCUGUCUUCAAUCUUGCUUUUAAUUAUCUACAACAGAAAGGAUAUGAACAUGCCCACAACAUCGAUGCCCUGAAGGAAUUCCUUUGGAACUUGUGGUUUGGAACAUACUCACGAUGCGAUGGACCUCUUGGAAGUUCUGGAUGGGAACAUGUUUUCAUAGGAGAGUGGAAGGACAGGAUAGUUGAUGGGCAGCACAACUGGCAAAGGUACUACCUGCUUCAAAAAUCUAACCUCAUUCAGUAUUACGGCUACUACUCACAUGUUGCGAAUCUCACCGGCACAUUCAAAUACAAGUGGGAUAGCGAAAUGAAGCGAAAAGGUGGAUUUCUUAUAGGAACCUCACCAGCAUUCGACUUCUCAUUGUUGACUGUAUGUGCUCUCGUUCACCCGGGAGAAAAUGGAUGUCACUACAGCAUCGACGGUCAUCCACUUGACAUUACAUCGUAUACUCAACCAUGUGGUGCUGGAACAUGCCUAUCCACAGCCUAUCCCACAAACUAA